AUGCCGAGCAUACGCGUUUUGGAUGAUGCACUGCAGCGUGUGGCCAUUGAGCAGCUGAACGAGCAGCCCGCGCGCUUGGCUGCGGAUCUGGAGGCGCUGCGCACUUGGAUUAAGCAGCAGCCGCAUCUGCGCGCGCGUACCGAUGAUCAGUUUCUGGUUGCGUUUCUGCGCGGCUGCAAGCACAGCCUGGAGAAGGUCAAAUGCAAGCUGGACAAGUUCUAUACGCUGCGCACGCAGUUUCCAGAAUUUUAUACCAUACGCGAUGUCGACAGUCAGCGGCUGCAUGAGCUGCUGCGCUUGGGCGUUGGCUUGUGGCUGCCACAGCCGCUGCAUGGCAAUGGACCACGCAUUAUCUAUGUGCGCACUGGUUGCUAUGCGCCGGAUCAGUAUCGCUUCGAGGAGAUCAUGGGCCUGUCGCAUGCGCUCAGCUCGCUCAGUCUGCAGUACGAUGACUACGCCGUAGUGCACGGCUAUGUAACGCUGCUGGACUUCAGCGACUACUCGGCAGCGCAUCUGCUGCAAAUGACGCCCAGCGUGCUCAAGAAGAUGGCGGUGUUUGCCGAGCAGGCAAUGCCCGUGCGCGACAAGGGCCGCCACAUGAUCCAUACCAAUGCGGUCUUUGAAAAAGGUUUCAAUCUAAUGAAGUCGGUGCUGCCCGCCAAGCAACGCGAACGCAUCUCGGUGCAUGGCAGCAAUCUGGACUCGCUCUAUGCGCACAUACCGCAGCAGUAUUUGCCCAGCCACUUGGGUGGUCAACAGGGCAGCAUUGAGCAGCUUAAGCAGCUGAACUGGCAAACAUUUCUGGAGCGUCGCGAUUAUCUGCGCGCCGAGCUUAACUACGGCGUAGAUGAGCAGCUCAGAACUGGCGAUAAGCCCAUUGACUAUAACAGCGCCUUUGGCGUCGAGGGCUCUUUCCGGCUCUUAAAUUUCGACUGAAUUCAAAGCUCAUAAAUUCAUUUGGCUUUUAUUAGCGAAGAGUGUGCUCGCGUUUUUAUGAAUGGCCCCCCACGCCCACU